AUGUUUGAAAUCCCCGUCCAGGCUGCACCCCUAUCACAACCCAGGGCGGACUCUGCCGUGCAGAUCAUACCUCUACCACCUCUACCCACCGAGUUGAAACACACUCUCGAUACCGAACUCGCUCGCGGCCUCACACAAACCACAAUUCUACAGCACUGGCUCGGAUUUCCCGACUGUGCCGUCUCUCUCCCCACUACGGCCUUAGCCGCCUCCCUUCGCGACGCAGUUAUCAUAGGUUUAGACGCAGAAUGGUACGAACACGACUCAUCCUACAUCACCGAGCUAGGAAUAUCCAUCCCAGACCCGCGCGACAUGGCCCCUCCCUCAUCAUCAUCAUCAUCCUCAUCUCCCUGGCCAAUCCUCUCCGCCCUACAAAACUACCACAUCUGCCUAAAACCCCAUGCCCACCUCACAAACACCGAACUCUGCCCCUCCCACCCUUCCGCCUACCAUUUCGGCACCACUACCUUUUCCUCCAUUCCCGUCGCCCAAGCCAUGCUUUACGACAUCUUCCUCCAGCAAGACGACUCCCAAUCCAGCCCCCCGCCGCGGCCCAUCAUCCUGCUCGGCCACGCCGUAGACAACGACACAGCGAUGUUGAAAGCAGCGUUUGGCGUCGAUAUCGAGGCGAUGGGUGUAGUGGUUGCGACGCUAGAUACACAGGUUUUGGCGACCGAGUGCGAGAUUGCUGAACCAGGGAGGAAAAUGGGUCUUGGACGGCUGUUGGGUAGUUUGGGUGUGGAAGAGGCGUUUUUGCAUAAUGCGGGGAAUGAUAUUGUGGGGACUUUUGUCGGGGCGUUGGUGUUGGGGUGUACUGGUGCUCCUACUACUAUGACUAGGGGGGAUCAGGGUAAGUACGAAGAGUUGAACAAACAAGCGCAAAAUAAAUAG